AGCCUCUGCAGGUGAAGGAUCUCCCUCUGGUAAGACGCCGUCCUCCCCUCCGCUGCCUCCUCCAAUGCUGCCAGUCUGGUUGACGCCUGGCUCCGGUACACCUGCACAUACACAUGAGCAGCACUCAGACACAGAGGAAUGAGGUGGAGUGUUGCUAUGAGAGAGGUGGAUUUACAUGAAGGACAGCGAAGCAGAGACAAGUGGAGUUGAGGAGGGGGUGUCUCACACACUGGGACAAGAACAUGACUUGAAGAUGAGCUGUCCUCAGACUGAGUUUGAGGAGAAGGACUGUCCUCCUCCUCCAGAGGAAUUAGAAUGUAAAAUCUGUUAUCAGCGCUACAAUGUCCACCACCGAAAGCCUAAAAUCUUGGACUGCCUGCACCGAGUCUGCGCCCGUUGCCUCAUUAAAAUCUUGGAUAUUGCUGACAGUGCAGACUGCAUCUCCUGCCCCUUUUGCCGACACCAGACUGAGAUCACUGAGCAGGAGAUUUCAGCCCUGCCCGAUGAUGUUAACAUCAUGUCCCACUUGGCAAUGCGGGACAAAUCCUGGAACUCUGAUCAAAACAGGGAAGUGGUCCUGACUCCAAAAAGUUUCUCCUCCUCCAGUCCAUCUCGUGACUCAUCCAAUUGCCUGGUAAUCACUAUAAUGGAGGUGCAGAGAGACUCUCAACACUCCCCAAGCCAAAAUGGUAGCUCAGAUGUCUAUGCUGAGCAAAGCCUGGACUCGGUAUCUAUAGGCUCUAAUGGGCCAGCAGAUCAGGAUGCCCUGUCCAAGUUCUGUAAUCAUGUCCCACGCAUCCUGGUCUGGCUGCUGGGUUUCUUAUACUUUGGCUCACUUCCUCUAGGAAUCUAUCUGCUGGUGAUCCAGAGAGUGACUCUGGGCAUUGUAUGUGUAAGCUUAGUGCCAUCAAGCCUAACAGUUUGCCUGGUCUAUGGAUUCUGCCAGUGCCUCUGUCAAGGCAUGUGUGACUGCUCUUCAAGGGGCUGAUGGGAUGCUGAAACCCAGUGCUCCUAGAAUAGGAAAGAGUCAGCUAGUAUAGACAAACGCCUCCUGGUAAAGAUGAUAUCUUCUCCUGCCCGGGCAUAAAAAUCUGAGCAGUCACUUAUCUUCAUGCACAUAAAGGGCCAGUGAGCCAAAAUAAGACUGUUUUCAGUGAUGUGCUGUGCUUUUGUUAGAUGUACUGCUUCAACUGAGACACCAGCUUGGCCAAGAGAACCAGACCCCCUGACACACUCUGUCAGCAGCCUAUACCGACUUUUCUGUGAUGUACUUCUGUGACCUUUAAUCGUUCUGUGUUGUGUGUUGACCUAGUCUAACAUAGCAUUUGACAACACACCUUUAAUCCUUGACUUGCAUAAUUACAACACUGACGGACGUCAGUGUCAGGCCCUCAUUUAUCAACAUUAUAUACAAAAAUUUUGGCUGCAGACAUUUUUAAAUGAAAGUUGUGACUAUAAGAGCUGAUAUGAACAACACUAU